AUGUUAUCCCUUUCUGCCCAAUCCGAGUUAAGGGAUUCCCUAAAUUCUCAAUCACCUAUCGCUAUGUUCGGAAAGCAAGACCAACAAAACAGUACCGAGACUGACGACCUCAAAGCCAAGCUCAACUACGGAGCUGAGAAGGAGAAGCAGAUCAUGAAUGAGAUUAGAAAUGGCAACAAGGCCAAGAGCUUCAGCCAGCUCUUUGAGAGUAGUAUUGGAGGUAACUACUUCAGUUUCAGCUACAAGAAGAACUAA